AUGGCGCAGAUUCAGGCGCAACAUCAGGCCGCCGCCGCGGGGGCGAUCGGCGGCCCGAACGGCGUCCCGGCGGCCGGCGCCGGGGGCGCGAGCCCGUAUCUCUCGACGUCGCUGUACGUCGGGGACCUGGACUUCACCGUCAACGACUCGCAGCUCUACGAUCUGUUCAACCAGGUCGGCCAGGUCGUCUCCGUGAGGGUUUGCCGGGAUCUGAGCACCCGCCGGUCCCUGGGCUAUGGCUACGUGAACUAUAGCGACCCUCAGGAUGCGGCAAGGGCCUUGGAUGCACUAAAUUUCACUCUAGUGAAUAACAAGGCCAUUCGAGUUAUGUAUUCCCAUAGGGAUCCUAGCAUCCGCAAGAGUGGAGCUGCGAACAUAUUUAUCAAGAAUCUGGACAAGGCGAUUGACCACAAAGCACUGCACGAAACUUUUUCUACAUUUGGCAACAUUCUUUCCUGCAAAGUGGCCAAUGAUGCUCAAGGCCAAUCAAAGGGUUAUGGAUUCGUUCAAUUUAAUAAUGAAGAAUCAGCUCAAAAUGCAAUAGAUAAGUUGAAUGGAAUGCUGAUCAACGAUAAACAAGUUUAUGUUGGACACUUUCUCCGCAAGCAAGAAAGGGAUACUGCUCUUAACAAGACAAAAUUCAACAAUGUGUAUGUAAAAAACUUAUCAGAAUCGACUACAGAUGAGGAUUUGAAGAGGACAUUUGGUGAGUAUGGGCCCAUAACCAGUGCUGUAGUAAUGAAAGAUGGAGAGGGUAAAUCAAAAUGUUUUGGAUUUGUCAAUUUUGAAAAUGCAGAUGAUGCUGCCAAAGCAGUUGACUCUUUGAAUGGUAAGAAGAUUGAUGAGAAGGAAUGGUAUGUUGGAAGAGCCCAGAAAAAGUCUGAAAGAGAGCUCGAACUGAAAGCACGGUUUGAGCAGAGCAUGAAGGAAACAGUAGACAAAUUUCAAGGUGUAAAUCUCUAUGUUAAGAAUCUCAAUGACAGCAUUGAUGAUGAGAAACUCAAGGAAUUGUUCUCAGAGUUUGGAACAAUUACUUCCUGUAAGGUUAUGCGUGAUCCUAAUGGAAUUAGCAGGGGCUCUGGAUUUGUGGCAUUCUCAUCUCCUGAUGAAGCAGCUCGAGCUCUUGCUGGUAUGAAUAAUAAGAUGGUUGUCAGCAAACCUCUAUAUGUUGCACUUGCCCAAAGGAAAGAAGAGAGAAGAGCAAGAUUGCAGGCACAGUUCUCGCAGAUGAGACCCAUCGCUAUGGCACCAUCUGUUGGUCCUCGAAUGCCUAUGUAUCCUCCUGGUGCUCCAGGCUUGGGGCAACAGUUUUUAUAUGGCCAAGGUCCACCUGCCAUAAUUCCUCCACAGGCUGGAUUUGGUUAUCAUCAGCAACUUGUUCCUGGGAUGAGGCCUGGUGGGGCUCCUAUGCCCAAUUACUUUGUUCCCCUUGUCCAACAGGGUCAACAGGGUCAACGUCCUGGAGGACGACGGGGAGCAGGUCCUGUGCAACAAAAUCAGCAGCCUGUGCCGUUGAUGCAGCAGCAGAUGCUCCCAAGAGGACGCAUGUAUCGGUACCCUGGUCGCAAUUUGCAGGAAGUGCCAAUGGCAGGUUCCGGAGGCAUGUUUCCUGUUCCUUAUGGCAUGGGUGACAUGGCUUUGCGGGAGCCUUCGGUUCCACAACCCUUGCCAAUCACAGCGCUGGCUACAGCGCUUGCAAAUUCUUCACCUGAACAGCAGAGAACACUGCUGGGUGAAAGUUUAUACCCAUUGGUGGAUCAGCUGGAGCACGAUAAUGCAGCCAAAGUGACUGGCAUGCUUUUGGAAAUGGACCAGACUGAGGUUUUGCAUCUGCUCGAGUCACCGGAUGCACUGAAGGCAAAGGUCGAGGAGGCAAUGGAUGUCCUGAGGAGCAGCGCUCCUCAGCAGCAGCAGGCUAACAACCCAGUGGAUCAGCUGGCUGGUCUAUCCUUGAGUGAUAACCUUGUCUCUUAAGUGUCUGGCUUGAAGGAGAGAUGUUGGACGCUGGAGCCUUGACGUAUGUCUUUUGAGAGGCACCAUGCGUUUUUGAUGGGCUGCUAAAAAUUUGCUCAUUUUGGUUAAGACUUUGGUAUUUACUUAGACUGGUUUGCACGUUUAGCUAUGAAACCUGGUGUGGGAUCGGAGAUUAUUUUGUGUCUUUGUUGCUGUUGGUGUUGAUGUUUGCUGUGGAUUUGUUCUGCAUUUCCUUUCUCGUCUUUCA